AAAUGGAAAUACGUAUAAAUUUCGUCCACGAUUUCGGUCACAAAUUUGAUCGACACGUGCAGUCGCAAAAACCGCGAUGCCGCGGUCCGAUAAAGGUUCGAUGGUUUUACGGGGUCGCUUUGUUUCAAGUUUCCAAGAAAAUGGUCCGGCUACACGUGAAGAAAGGCGAGGAGAGCCAGUUUCUAUACGACACACGCGCGGAGGCCCUGGUUGAGGACGUUAUAUACGACAUUACUAUUAUUUACAACGGCAGGCUGAAGAUUUCCAGAAUAUGUUAUGAAAUCGAGGAGCUAGCGAAGCAUGGCACUAUGCUGCCUGCUAACAUGAUGGGCCUCGCAGACGAGCAGGUAGAGGAGCUGAAGCUCAAGGACGAGUGGGGCGAGAAGUGUGUACCGAUGGGCGGAUGGACUUUUAACAAGGACGUUAUCGGCCGCAGGAACGGCAAACAGCCUAAUGCAAAGAUGCGGGAGGUCUUGAACAAAACGAUCGAAGAAGCACGAGCCAUGGUUUCGAAGAAGUUGGUCCAGCAAGAUAAAUUGGCCACGCAGAAAAUUGUCCAAGAGGCUCUGGACAUUUUGAGGGGCGCCGUGACCAUCGUUUAUCCCAUGGGACUUCCGCCUCAUGACGUGAUUCGCCAAGAAUUCGAGAACACCGAGGACCUUGGCGGCACUCAGGCUUCCCUCGAGGUAAUGGACGUGCAAUUGGCGCAACUAUGGUUUUCGGGCAAAGAAAUGUUACCAGGGAAGAAGAUUAAAGACUACGUGGGAGCGAACGAGAAAACACGAAUUAUCGUGAAAUUACAAAAAAGAGGGGGCGGUAGACCAGCGCGUGAACCGGUGAUGUCGGAGGACGAACGUAAACAUCUGAUGCUCCACGCCUACAAAAGACAGGAGCAGCUGAAGAUAUUGCAUCUCAUGAACUUUCCUGUCUUAGCUCUAGAGGACUCUAGAGCCUCCUUACCAUUUCGUGUCGCGAUCAGCAUUACCGAUAGUUCACGAGAUAUAGGCACGUUAGCAAGAAGCGUAUAUCCUGCAUAUUUCAUUUUUCCUACGAGUGCUGGUAUCAUUUAG